AUGCCUAAACGCAGACCAGAAUUGCCAACCAUUGGCGAACAGCCAGCCCAGAAGAGACUUUCGAGGUCGUUGUCCACGUUGGCGGCCAAGGCAUCGAGUGAAGCGUUGAGAUAUCAACCAUCUGGAUCUUUUCUCAACGUCUUCAUGCCCAGCUCAAGACACAGCAGUCCCCGCCGAAGCAUAACACCGUCUCCUUUGCCAAAAGCCACACCCAGCAGGCCAGAUCCACUCACGCCCGGUCUGUCUCUCUCGAAUCGCCUUCUCUCAACACACCCAUCCUCUGAUGUUGCCAACGUCAAAGAGGUAUUGUUAUUCCCCACCUCUCUUGCAGUGCUCAACGCAUCCUGGAUCUGCCGCUUCUCCAUCAACACAACCCCUCAACUGGGAACACCGCUCCCAUCUCACAUUGAAGAAUUCCUCUUCCAAAAGUAUGUGAGCGGUAUUCCUCUUCCAACCGAACAGCAGGAGAAAGUGCCCUACAUUCAUUUGGGAUGUACAGCAUUGGCCUUUCAACUGCAUUUCUAUCUCAUCCUUCCAAAGGGGAACGUCUGUCCUACUCGUCCUAUCGGUGGAACCGGCCACAUGCCAUAUCGAGAUCUACAGCUCAUCUACGACAAUUGUAUUCGACCUGCGCUAGACGAAGCCUAUCCGAAGAGAAACGGAUGGGCAACGUGGAUUGAAGCCAAGAAUGAGAGUCAUUUGAAACCCCUCAAAUCUCGACGACAGCAAGUCGGGUCUUGUGAACCUUUGCAGGAGAGAUUGCAUUGUGAGGGAUUGGGAAUGUUGUGGAAUGCUAUAAAAGAUUGCGRGGAUGAGAGUGUCACAGGGUUGAUGGAGGGUGCGGUUUUGGUUGCUUUUGGAGAUGUUAAGAAGCAUGAUUGGCCUGGUGGGUGGGUGCCGAGUUGGUCGCUGUUCAGGCAGGCUUGGGAUGAGGCGAUUAAUGUGGAGUAUCUUGGCGGAUAUGAGAAGAUUGUGGUUGAGAUGGAGUUGGGGUUGUGA